UGCUGCAGCUGUCCGCGACUGAGUGGUGGGAGCCAGAGAGGGUCCGGGGACGUGCGAGAUGCGGCCAUAGUCACGCUACACUGUCUCCAAUCACAACCUGCUGGGCUCGUCAGUUUUGCAGCGCAUCGGAGGAAACUGAAAGUCUGUGGACGUGAGGCAUCAUGGCUGAGCAGCAGAGGCAGCGCUCUCUGUCCACCGCUGGGGAGUCUCUCUACCAUGUGUUGGGAGUUGAGAAGGUGGCCACGUCGGAUGAUAUCAAGAGAUCCUACAGGAAACUGGCGUUAAAGUUCCACCCUGACAAGAAUCCUGACAAUCCAGAGGCUGCAGAUAAGUUCAAGGAGAUAAACAACGCCCACGCCAUCCUGAACGACCCCACAAAGCGUAAUAUUUACGAUAAAUAUGGCUCUCUGGGACUGUAUGUGGCUGAGCAGUUUGGAGAGGAGAAUGUUAACACUUACUUUGUCCUUUCAAGCUGGUGGGCAAAGGCUCUGUUUGUAUUCUGCGGCCUGGCCACCGGCUGCUACUUCUGUUGCUGCCUGUGCUGCUGCUGUAACUGCUGCUGUGGAAGAUGUAAACCACGGCCUCGGGAAGGCCAGGACCAGGACUUUUACGUGUCCCCCGAGGACCUGGAGGCUCAGCUGCAAUCUGAUGAGAGAGGUGAGGCGGAAGGCCGGUGGUGACCCCAUAGUGCUGCAGCCGUCGGCAACAGAGACAACCCAGCUCACAUCGGACGGGCACCACUCCUACCACACUGACACCGGCUUCAACUAACCCCCCCGCCUCCCUGUCGAUCCUGGCCUGCGGUCCUGCCUGCUUCCCUGCUCCACCUCAGCGAGAUGAACGAAAGGGGCGAUCCGUCUUUCCACUCCAGAAAGAGAAGAGCCAUGCGGAGGAGAGGGACUAGUAAGCAUGGCCCAUGAAAGGAACUAAUGAAGUCACAUCCCUUCCACCCGUCCCCGAUUAGUCCGCUACGCAUCCCUCUUCCCCACCCCCCCAGUAUGAGAAGAAAAGAGAAACAGCUAAAUUGUUUCCCUUUUAUUACUUCUUUUGUAUUUCUUAGCCUUUAACCACACAGGUCGCCUACCCUCCUGCCCCCUUCCCCACAUUUUGCAUCAUGGUGUAGCAUGCACUGUUAAGAAAACAUCCAGAUUUUCUUUAACCUUUUCCGACGUUUUUACUUUGCAAGACUCGUAAUGUAUUUGCAGUUUGUUCAGAUGAGCUCACCAGGAAGAGGAGGAGGAGGAGGAGGUGAAGUUUACGAGAUAAAUUACACUAAAGUAAACGGAGAGCCGUGGCUCAGGGAGGUGCAAGUUGGAGACGUGCGUUUGUUGGCUUAGGUGGUCGGUGCCAUCAUUAAAACCUACAAGAACUGAGUUGUCACACACAUUUACACGUCUGAUUCGCAAUCAGUGUUUUCUGAGUUGAAAAAGUCACCUGCCGUCGUCAGACCCACAGUACGUCUUUGGCACUGUGUUUGUUUGUCUUUAGUGUGCUCCCCUGAGUGUUUUUUAUGUGUAUCAUGAGGUUGUAAAGGCACAAAGCUUUAUUUGCAGACAGUUUUGUCAUAAAUGCCUCCCGAUGUAACAUCUCUCCUUUUAGUUAUUUAUGAGUAUUGACUCUGCUUCCCUCUAGAAAGCUCAUUAUUGCAGGACGUAGACCGAUUUCCACGUCUUUCCUGCUGCACUGAACAGGCUGUGGUUCAUUUUAAGGCAACUUUUACAGUGAUUAUUUCAUUGAAAAUCAAACAUGAUAUAGUUGUGCACCUGAUCAGGUGCAUCUCAUUAUUGUUUUGUCUCAGCAGCAGCUAAAGAUUUAGAUUCGAUGCAUAAUUUCAAUGACAUUUAAAUUAUAUAGUCUUCAUUUGUAGUGGAGCUUUUGUCCUUUUUCCUUGUUUGGUGAAGCGUCUACACCUUUGGAAUCAUGCUGAAUUGCAGCUGCUUUUUCUUUGUUUUCCCUAAAAUAAAUACUAACGGCAAAACUGUUCACAACCCAUUUAGACUGAAAGACAUUUAUUUGAUCAUGUUUGUGUUUUUUUGUGCAACGUGAAGCCAAGGAGCUGCAGGUAAUCCAGCUGGCUCUGAUCAGGGCUGCUAAAAGGCAGAACUAACAGAUCUCUAGCAGCACCAGCCCUGCCUCGGAGGGUGACAUGUUUACAACAGUCGAAUAUAUUAAAAGUAAAACAUGCCACUCUUCAGAGAUACUGAAGGGAAUUGAAGCUGACCUGCAGAAUAUCCACGUGGAGGAUUACUGUUUUCAUUACAUUUUUAGUCCCUGUGUUUUGAACUGAAGUCUGAUGGCUGAUAUUUUGUCCAAUGCUGUGAUCGUUUAUCAUCGUUGACUUUUUUGAAUCCAUGUAGAGUUAAGAAGCUCGUCGGGCAUAUCAACGUGUGAGCCAGUACAGGCAGCUCUGAGUUAAAGAGAUUUUUCAUACACUGAAUUUGCAUAUAUUGCCACGCAUUUUUGCCAUAAAUUGCCAUGAACAUCUUUGCCACUUUGACAGUUUCAUAACUGCUAAUAAUGUGUUUCAAUGGUUUACAAUUGGUGAGCUCCCGUUGCCCACCCUCUGCUAUUAACGGUAUGGAUGUUGACCUCUGUGGCCCUUGUAUGAUGUUUCCUGUAACCCUUGAUGAUACAUAGAUGUUCCUGUCAUGGCUUUUUCAUUGAGAUACUGAAAAAUGCUACUGUAAAUGUUCUAAGUUGAAUGCACUGUGUGUUUAAAAAAAACAAACUAUAAUGGAUCAAUGAUCAGGAAAUGACUCCAUAAAAAGACAACAUAGUAUAUAGUGUAACUAUAGUGAAAUGGUUAUAUGAUGCGUUUUUGGAAUUUUAUUUAUUUCAUACUUUGUCAUGUUAAAAUGAUGAUUGACUAUAAUUUUAACUGGUAUGGUGUCGUAAUGUAGCCAUAACAUUUUUGCAAGGAAUGGUUUAAUGGUUAAGGUCGCUUGUACAUACACUUGGCCCAUAUAAAGUAUAAACCUUAACGUUUCUGUUGUAGCAUGGUAAUUUGUGUGUCUGGAAGAAAACAAGUGGAUCAUUGAUCUGAUUUGCUGUUGUUGAAUAAAUGUUCCUCAACAUUU